AUCGCAUAAGCUAAUAUCUCAUUAAAUGUGACAUAAAAGUAAUUAUUUAGUUGGAAGAUAUCGAAAUGACUAGUCAUGUAUUGCAUACAGGCACUCGCGAUUUUGUACUUAAGUUUUUAUCGUUCUCCUGUCGCGAUCGAAUCUCGGGUCUUCGAUGGCGAAGACUUGCGUUUUGACGUCCACAGAUAUUUAGUGAAACUGAAGGCGCAUCAUCAGUUAAAUCAACAUUCAAGGUGCAGUGGUUCUAUCAUAAACAAUAAUUGGAUUCUGACGUCCGCGCAUUGCUUCGCGUUGGACAUCGAAAACGUGACAGUGUACCAUCAAGUGGAAGAUGCCGUUCGAGUCAUAGCCAAAGUAGAUAAACACAAUGUGAUCAGACACCCUCGGUACAAAGUCGGUGAUAUAUCUAUAGAAAACAGACGGUACGAUAUAGCAUUGCUAAAAACUGCUUUGAGUAUAAAAUUCAGUGAUUUUGUCCAACCAGUAAAAUUGUCGGAGAGGGAUCCGAGGGAGUAUCAGUCAGGGAUUAUUGCCGGUUAUGGAGACGCGGAAGAAAAUUUGCCUGUGCCAAGAGAAGGUUUUGUGGUACUGAGAUCGUGUCCUUAUCGUGUUGAUGGACUGCUUUGUACGGUGGACACCGUGAGGGCUGGCGCUGGGGACUCGGGUGGUUCUCUGUUGUCUAGGGGCCGGCUGGCCGGAGUCACUUCAGCCAGCUGUAAGGACGUCUACGUGCACAAACCUUGUAUUACUGUGUAUACCAGCGUGUCAACUCAUUUGAAGUGGAUAAACAAAGUGUGUGAAUAAAAAUAUUGCUAAUGACAACUGUAUUUAUUUCACUGUUUACAUAAAUACCUAAAUAUAAAGCUUAAGUCUUA